UGGACGGAAUGUUUCGAAUCAUGAAUUACAACUGAAAUUCAUGCGACCAUAAACAUCAUGAAGUACCUGUCCAUUUAACUGAGAAGACAGUUUCGUUUCCACUCUUCAUGCAUAAUGGACCUGUUUGAAGACCUACAUGCUGAUCUAAUUUCUCUACUUUCCGGGACAAACCAAUCGGCCAAUGACUGCUAUGGAAAGUGCUCGCCUUCCACGAUUGUUAAUGGCACUUCGAAUGAAAGUAUGCUAUCACUGAAGUUAUCUAUGAAACAAAUAAUUGAUCAGUGCUCUGGUUUAACUAUCAGUAGUGAGAAACAAGAAAGAGAAUACAUAGUUGCCAUCAUUAUGGGAAUUUUGGGGACAUUGGGAUUACUUGGAAAUAUCCUCAGUUGUGUCGUGAUUGCAGCCCACCUGUUAAAGAUCUCCGGGACUUUCGUCCUUUUCCUUCUACUCUCUAUUGCUGAUUCCGUUGUUGUAGUUGUGCAGAUAAUCGAUGCGUAUCGACACUCUGUAUGGGUGGAUUCCUACAUGCAGAUUCAUCCAGAGGAUAUUUCUGACCCUGUCGCCACAGAAAGACGAGACUGGAAUUGCAAACUCUUCCUUUAUUUUUGGCAUUUAUCGCUACAAUAUGCAGCGUGGGUGGUAAUGUUCCUGAGUGUGGAUCGGUUCAUCAGUUUGAGGCACAUUCACGUAACCCAUAGCAGAGGAUACGUUUACCGAAGGGCGUGGAUAAUUGGUGGCGCGAUACUCAUCUUCCUAAUGGUAGCAAACCUGCCAUUUCUUAUUUAUGCGCAAUCAGCCGUUUCUCGGACGCCGUGUGGGUUUACGCACUUUUGUAUCUACAACGCGAGGAAGACGUCCAGCUCCACAUCCAAUCAAACGUAUCCCGAUUCUCUUGAAUAUCUGGAUGUGGAUAUGUUAUUGGAUGGUGAGCAGAGCGAAGAUCUUCUCUAUUCUCGACAGAUAAGUCUGUGGCUAAGCCGCCAGCAUUUAAUUAUCUCUGGUAUUGUUCCGUAUGCAGUGACCUUCAUCUUCAAUAUCAUACUUAUUCAUUAUCUCCGGUCUUGUCCACGACCUCUGACCAUGACCAGUAAUGGCGUUUGUUUGAACAAUUCACCACGCGCUUCUUGCACUCCUUCCAACACAUUUGUUCGAAACAGACGUAGAAUAAGCCACAUACUUCGAUGUUUUUGCAUUGGAUCUUCGGAGCCCCAUCGGCAGAAAUCCACGGGAGCCCUACCUCUAAUCUCCAACCUGGGCACCGACCCCGUGAAGCUGACCAGAACCAAUGGUCGCACACCAUUGCUACAUGAACUUCCCGGUGUGACGUCAACGAAUCAUUGCAUCCUAAUGCCGCUUAACAAGAAUCCGGCCCAUCUCCAAGCUCAUCCAGUAAAUCUACAUUAUAAAUGUUACCACAAACUGAUAAAGCCUCCGUUCAACACAUCUACUGUGCAGCAAAACUUGCAUGCACCCCGCGAGUCUGGCAAUCAACACGCAACUAACAAAACGAGUGAUAUACAGUGUCUUCAGUUGUGUGAAGCUGGUGCUUCAACCUCAGUGCACCGUAAGUCGUUCGAACAAGAUGUCAAGAAAGAUCUGCGGAAAAAUCCGGUGACCAACGGUUGGUGGGUUGGCCAGACGAGAGUGACAAUGCUGUUACUAACGGUCACUCUAACGUUCAUUGUUUUGACCGCACCGUACAUGAUCUACACUGAACUGAAGCAAUUCCACCUGGUCGACGCCGCCAACGUUUCCAACUACCGUGUCGCCCACCUGUUCGAAGAACUUUGCCGCUUUUUACUUUUUUUGAACAACUGCGUUAACUUUCUGGUAUAUAUGACUGGACGCCAGUUUCGUCGGGGGUUGCAACAACUCAUACGCCGUCUACGUCGUGCUCUCGCAGGAUUCCCAAUAUUCAGGCAGCAGCAGUUGCAAAAUCAAUGGUAUUGCCACCCGCCACAUCGAAAUCGGAAACGACACUUGAUUGGCAACCGACGAAAUAGAAAAGUAGCCUGUCGUGUUUUAUACGACCGCACAGGUGAAAGACCGAGACCCAUUGAUUAUGCGACCCCGCCUGAUGUACACGAGUGCUCCUUCGUACCAGUCAACGUUCAGUUACACUUAUUCACUCCGCUACAACAAAGGUAAUGGAUACCGCAAAAUUUCCCGCAUGCCUGAAAUUGCGAAUCGCAUUAAGGCACAAAGAUAACCUAUGUGUAAUAAGUUUGGUGGUCUAUUUUCAUCAAACCAAGUGCUUCAGAUUUUCAUCACUAUUUCAAACAGUUUGCCUCUGUUGUGAAACUAUCUCCAUAAAUUUUUCCCGUUG